UUUCUGGAGGGAGAGUGCCCCGCCCCAGAGCUAUGAGCAGCAGGGACAGGGGCGGAGAGCUGGGGCCAGGCUUGACCACGGUGGCAGAGGCAUAGAGCCAGGCUGGAGCCCUCCGGUGGCACUGAAUUAAUUUGCUUUCAUCUUUACUCUUUCCUGCCUGCGUUGCUGCCUGCGUGUGUGAUCCCGAUGGUGGCAUCCUUUCUUUUGCGGAGCUGCCGGCUGAGCCAAGCAGAGUAGCCCGAGCUGCCAUCACAGGCCUCAUCACCUGAAGCACCAAACCACUCCCUCAGGACAGGUUAACUCCUGCCUGUGGCAUUUACGGCUGGCCAUGUAAAUCCUGGCAGGCAAAAAUCCUGUAGCCAGGCUGGCGGAAAAGCGGCGAGCAAGCAGAGCAUCACCAGAACAGCUUUCUCCAAAGGCACAGCCAUUGUGGGACACCAGAGGGACACUGGGGCACACGGGGUUUGCUGAUAGCCUGCUUGGCAGCUGAGUCAGGGGAAAUGUUUCCUGGAAGAAGUGGCUGGAUAUAAUAUGUCUGUAGCCUGAGAGUGAAAUGAAAUGUAAGGUGCAUUCGUGACCAGUGCAAGACUGAAUUAGUUUCAUUCUUCGUGGAGGUUGUAAGCAAAGCAUCAUGCCCUGGAAAAACCGCUGGGGCUGAAUGUUCUGGGUUGAGUCAGCACAAAGAUUCCUCUGAGAAAGCCUCAGACCUGCUGCUGCUGGAGAAGCGCCCUUGCAGGCAAAGGAGGCAGCAGGAAUAUCGCAGAGGUUGGAGCUGACCUUUAGCUGUGCAGGCACAGGAAUGCACAACUUCAUCCCAAUGCUUGUACAGUCAGACUUUCACUCUAGAGAGACGGAACAAAAAUCACUUUGUGCUAGUCAAGAAUACCCAGAGGCUUUUCUGUGCGCUGAGUUUUGUUGCCGAAUGCUCAGACUACAGAUGACUUCCCACACUGUGAUCAGUGAUGUGACCCCUGUUGCCAUGAAUCGUCUCUCACAGUCACGCUCCGGUCCCUUGGCAGAAGGGAUAUGCCGGACCAUAUCCGACAUGAAUGCACAUCAUGUGAUGGUCACUCAGGAAACUUUAGUGGAGCAGUUAGUGAAAAAUUACCCAGGCAUUGCAGUGACCUCCCACGAUAUAUUAUAUAAUAUCCUUGGCACUCUUAUUAAGGAAAGAAAAAUCUAUCACACAGGAGAAGGAUAUUUCAUUGUGACUCCCAACACAUACUUUAUCACAAAGGAUGCUACAGAAGACAGCAGAAGGAUCCUGUUGCAGGACAGUUGUUGCUGUUCAUCACCUUCCAUCACUUACCUGGUAAACACUAAGCCCUGUGCAGACCUAGUGAAAGAAAGCAUUCCUACAGCAUCCUGUUACAGAUCCUGCCAUUGUUUCCCUGACCAAAAUACGCUCCGUGAACAAAGACACCGGCAGGUAACGAGCCAUGAAUCUAAUGGAGACAGAAAGAGAGGCUGCAGUGAAUUGAAGCCCUCAAUUAGAACUCAAGGCAUCUCUGCAUCUGCUGAGAACCAUUUCUGGGACACCAUCAAAUCCCUGACAUCUGUGAAAGCAAAGCUGAAAAGCAAAAUGUUUGGCCUUGGUCUUUUCUGGAGAAGUGGUUCUAUGAAAGAAAAACACAAGAAGGAGUACUCCACUUUUUCAGCCCAGUUUCCUCCCCAGGAGUGGCCAGUCAGGGAUGAAGAUGACUUAGACAAUAUUCCACGUCAUAUUGAACAUGAAAUCAUCAAGCGUAUUAACCCUACUCUUACAGUUGAUAACUUGAUUAAACACACAAUACUAAUGCAGAAGUUUGAGGAGCAGAAAAAAUGUAUCAGUAAAGAAAAAAAAUACAUCAGUAAUGGUACCUUGGCUGAAGUGCCAACAGCCAGGCAAUACCAUCUUUCAAAGGAUUGUGUUCAAAAGGCACCAAGUAAAACAGCAAAACACACCAGGAAAACCAAAUCAAAGAAAGAAAAGCGGAUUAGCAGGAGCAGCAGGAAAUCUCACAGACAGAAGCUAACAUCCCAAAAUGUGACAGCGGAGGAGAACUUUUCACUGCCCAUCCAAAACCAAGAGCCACCUGACGCAGCAGGGGAACCCCCUGUGAUAUAUAAGAAGCAGAUCAAGAAUCCUUUUCAGGGCCUGCCAUGGAGACCUCGCAGAUUUCAUGCCAGAGGGUCCCAAGCUGCUGUUAGCAGUCAGCUGAAGUGCCGGACUCAAAAGCGAGGAAGGGCUUUCCAAAGGCUUUCCUUGGCCUCCUCAGGACCCUUUGGCUGUGAAACUGAACGGCUGGAUGCAGAAAGUGAGGCUGGCCAAGCUAAGCAAAACAACCUACUUCAUGCUAAUAGGUCUGGCCUUACAUUAAAGAAAGACAGUUUAAGUGAAAAUGGUAGUUAUCCACAAGGCAGUAAUCUGCAAAUAGGUAACAGAAGUAAAUACUUCCUGGAGAGCAAUAUUUCUGAAGAAAAUAUCUAUAAAAGGACAGCUAAAAAAAAAUCCCCUUGCUCCUACAUUGAAGAUAAUGGUGUAUGCAAAGAAGAUGCAAAAUUUCCAUUCUGCCUGAAAGAUGAGCAUUGCAGAUACAAAGCUGACGCUGAAUGUGAGCUCUUAGAUCAAACAGCCAGUGAAUUUCAAAAUGUCCACCUUUCAAAUUACACGGCCAGUGUUAAUCUGGCCCCCAAAACUGGUGUGAAGUACAGACCAAAGACUGAUGAAAAGAAUGAAUUUAUAUUUAACUAUGACUGUGGCAGCCAUCCUGGAUCAACAGAGCUGGAAAGUGCAGGAUUUACUGCUAACUUCCAUCUUCUGUACCAAAAGGGACAUGAUGGUGGCUCCUGUGACUCGUCACAUCUGGAUGAGAAUUCUGACUGCCCUGGCCAUGCCUUCUCAGACACACGGGGCUGGAGUGCAGCUGUGUCCCCAGAAGCCUCCAAGGGCAGUACUCGCCCUGCCCAGCACCACGCAGCUGUAAAUGAAUGCCACUCGGGAGGGCAGGGAUGUAAGGGAAGAGCCAGCCUUGCAGAAUCAACAGAGCAUCCAAAACCAGACUACACAGAGGAAAGCUGGUUGUGCAGUCAGAUUCUUCUGAAAGGUCCCAGGAAGGAUGAAGAAACUGGCCUCACUGAAUGUGGGAAGGGCUUGGCUGUGGCAGGUUUCUGCCACGCUGCUGAGGCUGACUCUGAUGCUGGCACUUGGCAGGACUUCACCCAGGAGGUGGGCGAAGGAGUAGCACACUGUGCUUUGGGCUCACAGCUCAAAGAAGUGAGAAACCCUCCAGGAAAAAAAGAGCCCUCUUCAAAGAAUACAUGUCCUGUGAUUCCAGAACAGAAACUCUCAGAAGGGACAGAAAACCACAGCAUUACAGGAGACAGUGGAAUUGACUCCCCAAGGUGGACGGAAAAGAAGAUGAAGCUUCCUGCCAAAUUCUAAAAGUAUAACUACCAGUGCAAAAAGGAGGAUAAGUGAAAGGGCAAUUGCAACAAAAUUCCGUACUUCAUUUAACUCUGGUCAUGAAUAUUUGAUUAUUUGUUAAUGAGAUUGGUAAACUUUCUCCUUGUACCAAGGUAACCAUACUGUGAGUGCAGCUGGUCACAUCAGUGAGGCAGUCUCUAAAUCAAAGUUGUUAGUUAAAACUUUUGACAAUAGCGUUUGGAGAAAUAACAAUGUGUAUUUUGUUUGCACUCAUCUUUAAUUUUUUGUGUGUCCCCAUGAUAAUAAAAGAGGGAAUUGGUAUUCUUC